GGAAGAGAGAGGGCCCCGCAGAAGCCUAACCUCUUCUCUGUGUGGUGAUUUGACAUGAAGAAGAGAGGAUAUCAUAUCAUAAAAAUUAAGCGCCAAAUCUGAUUAACAUUCACAUUCAGAAGAAUGAGCACCACUCAAGCUUCCUCCAACAACAAGAAGACCAAACGCAAUCACAAGAAAUCCCUCUCCCUCCCCGCCCGUAACGGAAUCACCCCUCCGGAUGAUGGCGGAGAAAGAACCGUUAAAAAGCUUCGGUUGUCGAAGGCGCUCACCAUCCCCGACGGAACCACCGUCUCUGAGGCCUGCAGGCGCAUGGCUGCUCGCCGCAUCGACGCCGUUUUGCUAACUGAUUCCAACGCCCUGCUUUCCGGAAUUCUCACUGACAAGGAUGUGGCUACUAGAGUCGUCGCCGAGGGGCUGAAGCCGGAGGAGACGACGGUGUCGAAAGUAAUGACGCGGAAUCCCAUCUUUGUCACGUCGGAUACGCUCGCCAUUGAUGCGCUUCAGAAAAUGAUUCAGGGUAGAUUUAGACACCUCCCUGUUGUGGAAAAUGGUGAAGUCAUUGCCAUGCUGGAUAUCACCAAAUGUCUUUAUGAUGCCAUAUCUAGAAUGGAGAGCGCUACUCAACAGGGGAGUGCCGUUGCUGCAGCAGUUGAGGGAGUGGAACUUCAGCGAACUACUCCAAAUACUUUCAUUGAAACAUUGAGGGAGCGCGUGUUCAAACCUUCCCUGUCAACUAUAGUCGAUGAAAAUACAAAGGUUGCUAUUGCAUUAGUAUCAGAUCCUGUGUACGUGGCAGCAAAAAAGAUGCGGGAGUUACAUGUAAAUGCAGCUGUGAUUGUGAUGGAAAACAAGAUUAAGGGGAUACUUACUUCAAAGGACAUCCUUAUGCGCGUGGUGGCUCAAAAUCUUUCCCCAGAGUCGGCUCUUCUGGAAAAGGUGAUGACUCCAAAUCCAGAAUGUGCAUCUCUAGAGACAACAAUUCUUGAUGCACUGCAUAUGAUGCAUAAUGGGAAGUUCUUACAUCUUCCCGUGGUGGACAGAGAUGGAAAUGCUAUUGCUUGUUUGGAUGUUUUGCAGAUAACUCAUGCUGCAAUUUCUCUGGUUGAAAGUAGUCCUGGAGCAUCUAAUGAUGCGGCAAACACAGUUAUGCAAAAAUUUUGGGACUCAGCUUUUGCUCUAGAGCCGCCGCCUGAAGAUUUUGACACCCAUAGUGAAGCCUCUGGACGGUUGACUUUGGAUGGGGCAGAUACCACAAAGUCUACAUAUCAAUCUGUAGGUUUUGGAAAUUCAUUUGCUUUUAAAUUUGAUGAUCACAAUGGCCAUGUGCAUCGAUUCUACUGUGGUGCUGAACAUCAAGAACUUCUAUCUGCUGUCAUGCAAAGAAUUGGUGAUAUUAAUGAUGGAGAACACCCUACAAUGCUGUAUAAGGACGAUGAUGGUGAUAAAAUUAUUAUUGCGACUGAUAACGAUCUUGUGGCUGCCGUCAGCUAUGCUAGGUCUGCAGGACUGAAGGCUUUAAAGUUGGAUUUGGAGUUUCCCAAUUCAACCAAACCAACAAAACUGCAACCUGGUACAGCCACUAUACAGAAAACCAGUACAUUGCGUCUCCGUUCUGGUAUUUUUGCAGGUGUUGUUGUUCUAACGAGCAUUAGCGUAUUGGUGUACUUAAAGCGCUCUAGACAGUAAUAUGUUUGCCAGCUUGAAAACAAAACAUGCUAUAAUCUUACUCUAUGAAUCCCAGAGUUUCGUCAUAAAUCAAAUGCUCGUUGACAAAGGAAAUGAUGGACACGGAAUAGGUGGAUGAUGUGGAGUCUCUCUAAUCAGCCGUUUUUAAUUAUCUUUUUCUUUUUGAGUCACUGAUGUAAUUAGAACCAAAGAUAUAGUCGUGGCAUGCAAUACUGAAGUGUCACCAUGUUCUUCUCAAUUAAGGUACUUGUAAUUCCAUAUAUUUAUCAACUUUCAUCACUUACGACUUUUGCGUCCAGAUAUUAUCAGUUAGAUCACCAUCAAGGUCAAGCCAUUUGAUGAAAUCAAUUACAAUAUUAUUAAAGUAAAUUUUUAUUAUUUAAUGUA